AAAGAAGUUUUCUUUACCAGAUCCCACCAUUUGUCAGUCAGGCCGGCAAUGGAAGUUACAGCAGCGGUUUGGGUAUGUCUCCUGGCGCUGGUAAUUGCAGGCGGGAGUUCAUCGUCAUCAGUUGAGGCCAGAAAGAAGUCUUUGAAGCUCGACUCCUUUGAGUUCACAGGGAGAGAUUGCAGGGCUAAUGUAGCCUCCAUUACAGAUUUCGGAGGCGUUGGAGAUGGCAACACUUCAAACACCAAGGCUUUCCAGGCUGCAAUGGAUUCUCUGGCCAAGUACUCUGCAGAAGGAGGGUCUUUGCUCUAUAUCCCUCCAGGGAGAUGGCUGACUUCCAGUUUCAACAUCACCAGCAGCCAUUUCACUCUCUACCUUGACCAGGAUGCCGUUCUUCUUGCUGCCCAGGUAGAUGAAAACGAAUGGCCAGUGAUUGAGCCAUUGCCAUCUUACGGCAGAGGAAGGGAUGCUGAUGGUGGAAGGUACAGCAGUCUAAUCUUCGGCACAAACCUUACCGAUGUUGUAAUCACAGGUGCCAAUGGGACUCUUGAUGGCCAAGGAGAACUGUGGUGGAAGAAAUACCGCGCAGGCCAGCUCAACUACACCAGACCUUACUUGAUCGAACUCAUGUACUCAAGCGAGAUCCAGAUCUCAAAUCUCACACUGCUCAAUUCUCCGUCGUGGAACGUACAUCCCGUUUACUGCACCAACACUCUCGUCAAAGGCUUGACGAUUCUGGCUCCCGUCACCUCUGCAAAUACAGAUGGUAUCAACCCAGAUUCUUGCACCAACACCAGGAUAGAAGACUGCUUCAUCGUCUCCGGCGACGACUGCGUCGCGGUGAAGAGUGGAUGGGACGAGUAUGGAAUCGCUUAUGGGAUGCCUACGAAGCAUCUAGUCAUACGGAGGCUGACCUGCAUCUCCCCCUUCAGCGCGGCGAUCGCAUUGGGGAGCGAAAUGUCUGGCGGGAUUGAGGAUGUGAGAGCAGAGGACAUCACGGCGAUCAACACAGAGUCCGGCGUCAGGAUCAAGACCGCGGUCGGCCGUGGAGGCUAUGUGAAGGACAUAUACGUGAGGAGAUUUACCAUGAAGACGAUGAAGUGGGCAUUCUGGAUGACAGGGAACUACGGUUCCCACCCUGACAACAACUACGAUCCCAAUGCCAUCCCUGUUGUGGAGAACAUCAACUACCGCGACAUGGUCGCGGAGAACGUGUCGAUGGCGGCCAAGUUGGAAGGGAUCGGGGGCGAUCCUUUCACCGGAAUCUGCAUAUCGAACGUGACCAUCGGGCUCGCGGAGAAGGCCAAGAAGCUGCAGUGGAACUGUACAGACAUUGCAGGGGUGACGAGCUCUGUGACGCCUCAGCCGUGUGAUUUGUUGCCCGAUCAGGGGGAAAAGCAGACAUCUUGCAAUUUCCCGGAUGACACGCUGGCAAUUGAGGAAGUGGAAGCUCAUGCUUGCUCUUACAAGUUGCAAAGCUCAGGAUGUGAUGAUCAUAUCAGGCCGAUAUAUUUCCGGGGAGGUCUUUUCUCGUUUCUCAACAUUUCACCUCUUCAACAGCACAUUCUUCUUCUUCUUCUUCUAGUGUUGGGUAUCCGGAUUGAACUUCACUGACUCCCUCCAUAUGAGCUCCUUAAUAUGCUCUUCGGUGCAUGAAGGGUGCUCAAAAUCGAAGUGGAAUGGUGCAGUGCAGAUUGGUUCAUCGUUGAUAUCAUGGAGGGGUGACAAGUACGGGUGGCAAAGUGCAUCAUCAACUGCAAUUACAGAAGCACACAGAUAUAUAAAUAAAAUCCUAGAAACUGGUUCAUAAAGCUGCCUCAUAUUCAAUUCCAUGUACCUGUAAUGCGUUUGUUGGGAUCAAAUACAAGCAUCUUUUCUAGCAGAUCGACGGCACCAGAAGACAUAGUGGGAAACCUCAUGGAGAAGUUCUGUUUUCUGAACUGUGGAAGCUGUCUAACAUAUCUUCUUGCAUUGUCACUUCUAAGGAAACCAAGGCUAGCAUCAUCUGGCGAACCUAUUAGCUUUUUUAAAGAGAUAAAAAAAAAACAUAUGUAAGAAGUCGCAAACAAGAACUCAAUGAUGGAU